UUAUUUCGCUUCUGGGUGAUCAUUAGUCAUAUUAGAGCAUCCAAGUCUGACAGUUCUUGGAUAUACACACUUAAGUUAUAUCGUUUGAAAUAAAUUUAUUCAAAUGGCUCAUUGCGAUGCGUUCCUGCGAACUCACCUUCACGAUUACGUGAAUCCUGAUGUCAGUAAGAGAGAUAUAUCCUCUGCUUUAGCUGCUUUUACGGAUUUAAGGCCUCACAGAAGUACAUUUGUUCACAAUGAUGGUAGACAAGAGGAAUUGGUCAACAUAGAUGGAACAAUACCAGUCAACUAUAAGCGAGUGACAUACAAUAUUCCAAUAUGUAUUUACCUGGCAAAAAAUCAUCCAGCUGAACCUCCAAUGGGUUUUGUCAAACCAACGCAAGCAAUGAGCAUAAAGCCUGGUAAACACGUUGACUCUAGUGGAAGAAUUUAUCUGCCCUAUCUUCAUGAAUGGACUCCACACAGCAGUGACCUGAUGGGUAUGAUUAGUAUAUUAACCAUUGUUUUUGGAGAAGAAUCUCCUGUAUUUUCAAAGGCGGUGUCGACUCCUUACCCGACAACCGUUCCACCAACUAUACCAAUUCCCACAGUAUAUCCUGAACCUUUUAAACAAAGCGACGGCACUGAUCUGGAAAGGCAAAUAAAAGCUUCUUUGCAGUCUUCAGUUGAAGAAAAUGUAAACAGACGAGUAGGUGAAAUUUGGGCCCAAGUCGAUGCUGAAAUGACGACCUUAAGAAAAACUCAUGAAGAUUUGGAACAAGGAAAGCAACGGCUAGAUGAAAUGUUAAAGAAAUCUGAUAGAGAAACUGAUAAAGUUAAACAAGCAUCUGCAGUCCUAUUAGAAAAACAUGCUCAGAUUAACGAAGCUAUUACCCAAUUAGAGAAUAGAGAUAAGGUAGACAUAGAUUCUGCAAUCGUUCCAUCGACACCAUUGUACAAACAACUCUUGAAUGCUUUUGCCGAAGAACAAGCAGUUGAAGAUGCUAUUUUCCUGCUGGCUGAAGGUUUAAAGAAGCACACAAUAGACUUAGAUGUGUUUUUGAAGGAAGUUCGUGAAUUAUCUAGAAGGCAAUUCCUUUUGAGAGCAACAGUCCAAAAAUGUCGACAGGUGGCUAAGCUACCUCCCCUAACUGUAUAA